CACACACCUCACAUCCACAAUCGGCCCAAAUGUUGUCUGCCGUCAUGCAUGCAGUGCCAUCAUUGCCACACAUGGCCCACGGUUGGCUGACAUGAUGCAUGCCAGUGCCGGCAACACGCCAGCAGUGCCAUUAUGAGGCCACAUUUGGGCCAAGUCUGUUUGCUAUGUGGGGGGGAAGCAUUUAAAUGAUCCAUGCAUUUUAAAAAUAGUAAUAAGCUAAUCAGUUUCCACUGUAAUUCGAAGCGAGUCCUUCUUACGUUGCUAUGGCUUAAUUAAAUGACGAUGUAGACAGCAUCACUGCAGUGAGAGCAUCACAAACUAAAAUGAGCUUUUACUAUGCUCAAGUGUCAAAUAAAUGUUCACUUGUAAAUGACAUGUCAGUACAGCGUCUUUAACACCUGCUUCAACACCUGCUUCAAAAAGAACUCCUCCCUGUUUCUAUUUAAUGCUGCGACACAUAAGCUUAAAGUGAAAGUGAAGUGUCGCCGGCCAACGUAUCAUCGGAACCCAUUAAUUAAUAAUGGGUGCUGGAGAGAAUGAUGAUGGCUCUGUCACUAUGAGCAGUCCAGAAGAAGAACUUCACUCUCAACGAACCAAACAUGAGAGAUCAGACUCACCGACAUCACAUCAGUCUCUGAAGAGUGACAGAUCAAUUCCUCUGCCAUUGGACUUCAGUGAUGAAGCACAGGGAAAUAUAGAAAGCACCAAACAGGAGGAAUCAGAGUCACCGACACCGUCAUAUCUGUCUCUGAAGAGUGACAGAUCAAUUCCUCUGCCACUGGACUUCAGCGGUGGAGCACAGAAAAAUAUAAAAAAGAUGUUGUCUGUGGAAGACACCCAAGAGCAGGUGAAGUACAGACCUGUUAAAACAGCCUGUCAGCAGCAUUCCGGAGCUCCAGUGGUGUUCUGUAAGACAGAUAACAUGCACAUCUGUAGCUUCUGUAUGGGGCAAGAGCACCAAGGCCACAAUAAAUUCUACAUUGUGAAAUCUAAUGUGUCAGAUAGUCGAACCAUGCUUUUUGAUAUUAUGGGACACAUGGGAACAGAAGUUUUCAAAACCUUCAAAAGAGAACUAUCUGAGGAUUACCCAGAAUGCUUAGGGAAUCAGCCAGAAGAGCUCAAUCUCUCUGAUGCUGCUAAGAAAAUUGUGGAAAGCUUUGGAGGAGAGGGGGCACUGAGGAUCACAUUUCACUUCCUGGAAAAUGCUAAUCCACUUAAAAAAAUCACAGAUGCCAAUAAAGCAAAGCUUAAGAAUGAAUGUCAAUAUAUAAAUGAAGGAAAUUCAUCUCAAGAUGAACAGAGUUUAUUGAAGGAGAUCUACACAGAUAUCUACAUGACAGAGGGUGGAAGGGGAGAGAUAAAUAAUGAACAUGAGGUGUUAAGGAUUGAAAUGAUUUCACAAAACAGAACCACUCAAGAAGCUUUAUUCUCAUGUAAUGACAUCUUCAAGACGCUGCCAGGACGAACAAAACAAGUAAGAACAGUCCAGACGAUAGGCAUAGCUGGCAUUGGAAAGCAUGUGUCGGUGCAGAAGUUCAUUCUAGACUGGGCAGAUGGAAAAACAAACCAAGAUAUUGACAUCAUUAUACAUUUACUAUUUCGGGAACUCAACCAGAAAAAGGAGAACUGCAGUCUUCUACAGCUGAUUCAUCAAUAUGCUCCUGAUCUGGAAGAAGCAAAUCUUUCAAAAGUGAAAGUGCUUUUCAUUUUAGAUGGUUUAGAGGUUUGUCAGUAUCCUCUUGAAUUCCAAAAAAAUGACAUUUGCUUUGAUAUAAAACAGAAAGUUCCUGUGGAUGUUCUGCUUACAAACCUCAUUAACGGGAAUCUGCUUUCCUCUGCUCUACUCUGGAUAACUACACGACCAUCAACAGCUAAUCGGAUCCCACCUGAGUUUGUCCAUCGGGUGACUGAGAUUCGUGGCUUCAAUGACAAUCAAAAGGAAGCAUACUUCAGGAAGAAAAUCAGUGAUCAGAAGCUGGCAAGUGAAAUCAUCAAACACAUCAAAUCAUGUCAGAGCCUCUACAUAAUGUGCCACAUGCCCAUCUUCUGCUGGAUUUCUGCCACUGUGCUGGAAAAUAUAAUGAGUGAUGGAAACUCUAAUGAAAUACCCAAAACUCUGACUGAGAUGUUCACUCGCUUCCUGCUCAUUCAGAUCAGUCUCAAGCACAAGAAGUUCAAUGGAGCUGAUGCUGAUAAUCCAAAGAAACUGUCUGAAGGUGACAAAAAAAUUAUUCUAAAUCUGGGAAAACUGGCUUUUCAGCAAAUGGAGAAGCAAAAUUUUGUUUUCCACGAAGAAGAUCUGACAAAUGGUGAUGAUAAUGUCUCAGAGUACUCAUUGUUCACAGAGAUCUUCAGAGAAGAGCAGGGAGUGUACAGGGAGAAGGUUUAUAGCUUUGUACAUGUGAGCUACCAGGAGUAUCUGGCAGCAAUAUAUGCUCACUUUGCAUGUGUUAAUGAUGGGAAAAAUGUCCUUGAAAAUGUUGAAUCCACAAAUCUUUCUGAUGUACAGCAGUGUGCAGUGGACAAAGCUUUAAAGAGCGAAAAUGGACAUCUUGACCUUUUCCUUCGCUUCCUUUUGGGUCUUUCUGUUGACCCUAACUGCAAUCUCCUGCAAGACCUUCUCACUGAAGGCAGUUCAUGUAAACCCACGACAGUGCAUUACAUCAAAAAGAAGAUCAAACAGGAACAAUCACCAGAGAGAAUCAUCAAUCUGUUCCACUGUUUAAAUGAGCUGAAUGACAACACUCUUGUUAAAGAAAUUCAGACUGCCAUGAAAUCAGGAACACUCUUGGGUAGUGAGCUGGAGCCAGAGCAAUGGUCAGCACUGGCUUAUGUCUUGCUGAAAUCUGGGGAGGUAUUAGACGAGUUUGACAUGAAGAAGUUCCGCACAUCAACAGAAAACCAGCUAAGACUGCUGCCAGUGCUCAAAAUCUGCAAAAGGGCCAGACUGGAUUGUUGUGAUCUCUCAUAUGAGUCCUGUAAAAUAAUUGCCUCAGCUUUCCAGUCAUUCAUCUCACCCUUGAUAGAUCUGGAUCUGAGAAACAAUGAACUACAGUGUGGAGCGAACAUCCUUUUUUCUUCUUUAAAAAGUCCACAUUGUCAGUUACUCACACUGAACCUGGCUGGCUGUAAUUUAACAGCAACAUCCUGUACAUAUUUGGCCUCAGCUCUCAAAUCAACAAACUUACCCCUAAAGGAACUGGAUCUUAGCUACAAUAAGAUAAGUGGUAAUGGAGUAAAUGAACUCUGCGAUGGACUUGUUAGUGAAAACUGUAAACUUCAGAAACUCAAAUUAAAGAGAUGUGGUCUCACAGAGGCAAACUGUAUACAUCUAGCAUCAGUUUUGAAAUACUCACACCUUAAGGAGCUGGAGCUGAAAAGCAAUGAUCUGCAUGAUUCAGGAGUAGAGAACCUCUCAGCAGGACUACAGGAUCCACAGUGUAGAUUAGAGAAGCUGGGGCUGUCGGGGUGUAUGAUCACAGAAGUGGGCUGCAAUUUACUGGCCUCAGCCCUUAUCUCAAAUGCUGGCCAUCUGAGAGAGCUGGAUCUGAGCUACAACAACCCUGGAGACUCGGAGGUGAAACUGCUGUCCGCUAAAAAAGAGGAUCCAACCUUUAAACUAUAUGUUGAAAAUGGAGGAGAGUGUCGAAUGAAACCAGGUCUGAUCAAAUAUGCCUGUCAGCUCACAGUGGAUCUAAACACUGUACAUCCACGUCUGAAACUCUCCAAAGGAAACCAGAAAAUAUCAGAAACUACAGAGGAGCAACAAUAUCCUGAUCAUCCUGAAAGAUUCAAACUGUAUCCCCAGGCCAUGUGCACAGAGGCUCUGACUGGUCGCUGUUACUUUGAAGUUGAGUGUUAUGGUGGAGUUGGUGUGGGUGUGGCCUAUAAGACCUCAGAUAGAAAUGAGAGUAUAAUGGGAGUUAAUAACACUUUCCCUGCUCUCCUCUCUCUGAAUGGCGAAUCGAAAAUCUGGCACAAUAAUCACAUUACUUGUGCAUUCCCAGUGAUUACUCAGACCAAAAGUGUUGGAGUUUAUGUGGACUUGGAACGUGGAAGUCUGUCAUAUUACAGUAUUUGUAAUGACACAUGCAGUCACCUACACACGCACCACACUGAAUUCAAAGGCCCCUUAUACACAGAGUUUAUUUUUCUGCCUGACUCCUCAGUGACACUAUGUAAGCUGACAUAGACCUUGAGAUUGAGCAGAUAUUUCAAAAGGAAGUUAGAUGUUUUGUAAAAUAACUGAUUUACACCUUAUUUUUUUAAUCACAAGCACUUAGAACAUAAUAGAAGUUAAAUCAUGUAUCUGGAUGAAUUUUUUGCAUGUUUGCGUUUAACAUACAAAUGGCUUACUUAUAGUUAUUUAUAGUUGAAUAAACAUAAAACUUAACCUUUACCUAAUGUGAUAUAAGUGUGAUGACAUGAUUUCAACAUUGGGUCACACUGUAUGUAUGUCUUUAACUACUAUGUACUUACAUAUAUUUUAGGUACAAUGUACUGAUUGUGUUGAUGUUGUAUUCCAAAACACUUGUGCUGCUGUUGAGGAAGGUUAGGGACAGGUUUGGCAGUAUGGGUAGUUUUAAGGGCAGGUUAAAGGAUUAGUCCACUUUUAAAUAAUUUUUUUCCUGAUAAUUUACUCACCCCCAUGU